AUGGGUGUUCUGGCUCGUUUCAAGAAGAACAAAGUGGCAGCGGUCAUUAUAUCAGUAUUUGACUGGUAUCGUACGUUGUUGCAUUCUGCUUACUCCUUGAUGUAUUUGAAAGCUGACGAGUGCCGUACAGCCUCCCACUACCCGACUGAAGAAAAAAAAUUACUUCGAAAGCUCGAUCUCGCUAUAUUAAUAUAUGAAUCGACCAUCAUCUAA